AUGCGAAAGACAGGCAGCUCUGCAGGAUUGCCUCCUUCUCGCACUUCCAUACCAAGGUCUGACUUUGUUAUUAUUUAUUUUUUAGGCCUUCUUCAUCAAACGAACUUUCUUGAGAACACUAGCUAUUCUAAUAAAUUAAGCCUGAAAGAUUUGCAAUCUCCCAGUCUUCGUGAAAUCUCUAAUAUUUUUGAACAUAUUGUUUGUCAGCUGGAUCAAUCUUAUCGGAUGAUGCACAACGACGUUAAGUUUGACGUUGAAUUUGCCAGCAAGCAGUAUCUUGCUACUCCAGGAGCUAUGCAUGCAUGGCCUUACAUUUGGACAAAAGGUGGCCCGUUCUUGUAUGAUCCAGGGCAGAAUAUCAAUGAGGAGCCAAUGGGAAGGAUUUUGUUUGACAUGCAAAAUUGCCUUAUGCCAACUGGUGAUUUAACAGAUGAGGAGGCGAGAGAAUUUUCGGGUCGUUUGGGUGCAAUUUACAACUCUCCUACUCUUACUGAAGUUGAAAAGAAAAGGAAUCAUUUGACUACAUUAGAACAGGAGAUUAAAAAAAUCGAUUCAACCCCUGACGAAAUAUCUAAGUUACGUGGCUCAAUUUCAUCCGAUAUAAAUGCGAUUGGUCGUUAUGAGGAUAAAUUGAAAGAGACUAGAUCCAAACAUUCUUCAUUUGAAUCUCAUAUCGGCAUUGCUUUAGCUCAACUAAAAGAAAAGGAAACUGAAGUCCUUUCCUUAAAAAUGGAUUUGGAAAAUAUUGAGAAACUUGCUAGAGCGCAGGAAGAAUCUGGGUAA